AUUUAUAGACAGUCAGAGGUGGAGAAUGGGCUUAUAUAAAAUCAGCAUUUCCACCCUGUCUGAAAUCACUUGUGCUUUGUUUCCUGAACUCAAGGGUUACGAUUAUGGCACCCAAAAAGGCAAAGAAGCGGGCAGAAGGAGCCAAUUCAAAUGUCUUCUCCAUGUUUGAACAAGCACAGAUCCAGGAGUUCAAAGAGGCUUUCACAAUCAUGGACCAGAACAGAGACGGCUUUAUCGACAAGAAUGACCUGAGGGAUACGUUCGCAGCUUUAGGCCGUCUGAACGUCAAACAAGAGGAGCUCGAACUGAUGCUGAAGGAGGCUCCAGGACCCAUUAACUUCACCGUCUUCCUCACCAUGUUUGGGGAGAAGCUAAAAGGUGCCGAUGCAGAGGAGACUAUCCUGAAUGCCUUUAAAGUGUUCGACCCCGAGGGAAAGGGGACUUUGAGGAAGGAUUUUUUGUCAGGGAUGUUGACAACGCAAGCGGACAGAUUUUCUCCAGAAGAGAUGGAGGAGAUGUUUAGUGCUUUUCCUCCAGACGCUGCAGGUAAUCUGGACUACAAGAAUCUGGUUUACAUUAUCACACAUGGAGAGGAGAAGGACCAAGAGUGAAAUAUCUCACU